CACCUCUUUACACAUAUCAGCCCUUGACUAGAGUUCAUCUGUUGACUCUCUCUCCCUCCUCCUCCUCACUGUUCCUUUGCCUUUUAGCUAUUCCUUUCCAUUUCCUUCUCUUUUCACCUUGAAUUCAUCGAUUCUCCUAGCUAGACCAUCCCAAACAGCUGAUUCUUAUAAUCACCCUAAAUUGUUCCAUUUCUUCCUUGUUUUCCUUUCCUUCCUUGCAUUAAAAACUCCAGAAAAGAAAUGGCAUCCAGCUCAAUGUCCUCCCGCAGCUGGACUGCUGAGCAGAACAAAGCCUUCGAGAAGGCUCUGGCUGUGUAUGACAAGGACACCCCUGACCGUUGGCACAAUGUCGCCAGGGCCGUUGGAGGGAAAACCGCGGAGGAAGUGAAGAAGCAUUAUGAAGUCCUUGUGGAGGACGUCAAGCAUAUCGAGAACGGCCAAGUGCCCUUCCCCAAGUAUCGAGGAUGAAAAACUCUGAAGGUCCUUUUAAGUACGACCUUGAAGUGGAUGUAAUAAAGAUGCAUUGCUCUUCUCCUCCUAAGAUUAUAUAUGGAUAUAGUACUUAAAGAAUCGCAGCUAGUGAUUCCUCCGUUUAUUAUCGUUGUUUUUGUGCUAAUUAUCGUCUAAUUAGUUUCUGAAAUUUGUAUUUGUGAUCCAAGGAACAUAAAACGAAGCUGUGCUUUGUGCUUCUAUUAUGUCCAGUGUAAUGAAUUGUUCUAUAUGAAUUGAAAUUGUGUAUUUAUGUGUUUUGUUUA